UUUUUUUUUCACACACGUCGUCUGCGAUAAAAUUUUGAUGGUGAAAGAAUUGAAGUAAAAUUUGAAUCGGAGAUAUGGCAGCAGGAGCAAAUGUUGGUCGUGAUGAGGCGUAUACCACCAUCAACAAUGCUGCAAUUGCAGUCACCACCACCAUCAGUGCUACUAAUGCCACCACCACCAAGUCUGCUUCUGCCACUGCCAUCACCAUUGCCACCGCCACUACCAAGACCACUCCUGACACAAAGCCCCCAAGUCCUCAACUGACCAGAUAUUGCAGCUGGAGAAGGAUAGACCAGGAACUUCAAAGCCAGGGCUUGCCGGUCUCCUACAAUAAGAAAAAUGCCAAGGGCCCAUCUAAUGAACUUGUUGCAGAAUAUUUGGCCACAGUUGUAGAAAAGCAGAGACUAACAUGCAGCCACAGGUACUUCAAUCACAUGAACAGCAGCAGGAGCAAAAACAGCAGCAACCACACAGGAGAUGUAACGACAGCAUUGACCAACAGCAACAACAACAGCAGCAUAAACAAUUUCUGCAGGAGGUGCAAAAACCACACCGGCAACCUCAACAACAUCAAGAUGUCCAACAACCACUCCGGGAACAUUAACAGCAACCACAACUUCAGCAAGAGUUUCAACAAACACAUCAGCAAAAACUAACAGCAGCAGCAACAACAGCACUUAUGAAAUGAAUUUAAUUGAAACUCAGAAGCCAAUGAGGAAACAUCUUUUACAAAAUGAGACAUCAUUUGUUCAUUCUUUUACAGGAUAAAGGAAAGCUUUUUUGAAAGUGUAAAUUUGCAGGAACACAAUGUAUGUUCCCUCUGUAUCUAUUUAUUGAAAUAAAUUUGACUUUAAAAAGAA